AAACUUAAAAAAAAAUUUUUAAAAAAAUUUAUAUUUUAUAUAAUAUAUCAUAAUUUUUUGUAUUUUAGAACAACAACCAAUUUUUUGUUUUAUCUAGAUCUAAUUCAAACCAUCACAACCCAUCAAUUAUAGAUAUAUAUAAAACCCCAAAAAAACAUAAUGAGUCAAAAUAAUACAGAUAUGAUCGAUUCAUCAUCUAGCGACCUUAAAGAUGAAAUUAUUAAUAAUAAUAAUGACACAGUAAAUACAACCAAAGCAACAGAAAUUACUGCCGACAAGAGUUUAGAAGUUGAAAAGGGUAAAACAGGCGACAACAAUAAUAAUAAUAGUAGUAAUAAUGAUAUCACAGAAGACAAAAAAGAAGAUUCAUCUAAAAAUAUAGAAAAUAAAGAAAAUGUUAACAAAAAGGAUGAAGAAUCAAACAAAGAAGAUACAGAAUCAAAUAACAGCAAUAAUGAAACACCAUCAACUCCAUUAUCUAACCCACAACAACCAGAACAACCAAAAUCACAACAAAAACAAUCAAAAUCUCAACAAUAUUCACCAGAAUCACCAGCUAAGGACUCUAAAACUCUUUCAGUUCGUGAUGUUGGUGUCUCUUUUGAAAAGAACCCACGUUAUAGAAGAACCAUGGAGGAUGAACAUGUUAUUAUUGAUUGCUUUGGUGGUGAUCCAACCCAAGGUUAUUUCGCUAUUUAUGAUGGUCAUGGUGGAAGAGGUGCUGUAGAAUUCACUGCUAAAACUCUUCAUAAUAAUUUAUUAGAAGAACUCAAUAAAGAUCAAAAUGGUGAUGUUUUAGAACACUUCAAAAAUAGUUAUCUUUUAACUGAUAAACAAAUGAACGAAAAAGAAUCUAUUCAAUUUUCAGGUACCACCUCAAUUACUGCUUUAAUUAGAAAAUCACCUGUCGAUGGUGAAAGAUAUCUUUACAUAGCUAAUGCUGGUGAUGCUCGUGCUGUUGUUUGUCAUAAUAAAGUUGCCGAAAGAUUAUCAUAUGACCAUAAAGGUUCAGAUCAAGAAGAAACUAAGAGAAUCGUGGAAGCUGGUGGUUUUGUUGUAAAUAACCGUGUAAAUGGUAUACUUGCUGUUACUCGUUCUCUUGGUGACCAUUCAAUGAAAGAAUACGUUAUUGGUGACCCAUAUAAACGUGCUAUUAAAUUUGAUGAAGGUCACACCCACUUAAUUUUAGCUUGUGAUGGUCUUUGGGAUGUUACAUCUGAUCAAGAUGCUGUCGACUUAAUUUUAAAUGAAACUGAAGCUCAAAAAAUGAGUGAUAAAUUAUUAUUACACGCCUUAAAGAGUGGAAGUACUGAUAACAUUAGUAUCAUCGUUAUCAUUUUGUAAUAAAGAAAUAUAAUUAAAACACAUCCAUUCAUAUCCAACCUCCAACAACCUAAUUAACUUUACAUUUUAAACAGUUCAUUAACAACCACACCUCAACAAACAAACAAACAAACAAACUUUAAUAAAACGUUAUAACAAUAAUAAUAAAAAAUAAAAAAAAACUUUUAAAAAAAAAAAAACUAGG